CUCCCGGUUUGUUGACAAAAAUCAGCUGAUCGAAAACAAACACGGCUUGAGGGGGCCAUGAAAAAUAUUGGUUUAGGAUGAUGUGGUGGACACAUCUGCUUCAUAUAAGGAUUUCUUUUGUUGCUGUGUAAUUCUGCAGGAGUCUGUCUGUCAAACACUUCAUCCUCUGAAACCAGAUUUCUCAAUUUGGUUGAAAUGGAUUGCAACAGAAGUUACUCUCAUGGGCAGCAGUUUGCACAUGAUAGGAGUCCAAGAAUUCAAGUUCUUCUCAGCUAAAUGUCAGAGCAGUUACUGGAAAUUUUGUAUGAGUAACAGCAACUGCUGUCAUGGAUCACUCAAGCUUAGACACAAAAGUGUAUGACAGCAAAAUUGAGUUUGUUGCUGUGAAGGAAGAAAAUCCAGAAGAUAUUGUUGAGGAGGAUUUCCAGGAAGUAAAAGAAGAAAUUAUUGAGGAUGUGGAAGAAGAGAAUGCUGUAUAUAUAAAGACGGAAGAUGAAGUCAAUGCAGAUUAUGAAUGCCCAGUGUCUGAAGAUGGCAAAACUUUUAGCAAGGAAGCAGAUAAGAUUGACUCAGAUGUGUUGAUGUGUGAGGAUAUAGAUCCACUAUCAUCAGUGGCAGCUGUGAAUGAAGAUUGUGGGAACAUGUGCUCAUCAGAUGGCAAUCAGGUGGCAUGCAAAGAAGGAGAGGAGGAGGUAGCAUGUGGAAAAGAGGAAGAAAAAAGAAAACGUUUCCCUUGUGAAGUAUGUGGCAAAAAAUUUGAUUUUAAGAGUAUGCUUGUACGUCACAUGACAGUGCAUACGCGAGAGAAAUCUUUUAUUUGCGAGGUAUGCAGUAAAUCUUUUGCAUGGAAAUUUGAUCUAGUGAAGCACAUGAGAGUACAUACAAAUGUGAAUCCUUUCAAUUGUGAGGUAUGUAGUGAGUCAUUCGCAUGGAAACGUGAUCUGGUAAGUCACAUGGGGAUACAUACAAAAGAGAAGCCAUUUACUUGUGAAGUGUGUAAUAAAUCAUUUGCUUGGAAACGAGAUCUAGUGAAACACGCAAGAAAACACACAAAAGAGAAGCGUUUUCGAUGUGAGGUAUGUACUAAGGCCUUCUUUGAUGAAGGAAAUCUAGUGAAACAUAUGAGAGUACAUACAAAAGAAAAGCCAUAUCUUUGUGAAAUCUGCAAUAAGGCUUUUUCUGAGAAAAGUAAUCUAGUGCGGCACAUGAGGGUACAUACAAAAGAGAAGCCUCAUACAUGUGAGGUAUGUAAAAAAGCAUUCUCUGAGAAAAGUACACUUAUGUUGCAUAUAAGAAUACAUACAGGAGAGAAGCCAUUCAACUGUGAGAUAUGUAGUAAGGCAUUUGCUGUGAAAGCUAAUUUAUUAAAGCAUAUCCGAGUGCACAAUAAACGGAAGCAAAAGAAAGGAGAGAAAUUACUUUAACUUUAAGCAAUUAAUUAAACUAUCAUCCUUUUAGAUUUAUUUAUUGCCAAUUGAAAUCUGAUUUUUUCAGACCAUGUAAAGAGGUAGGUUGGUAAUGUCAUUUUAGUAUUGACUAACAUUAUGGCUUCUGUCAAGUGUACUUUGUCCAAUUUCAGGAAGGAGCAAAUUGGCAACUCACCCUGGCCUAUGGAAUACUCUAAUUCCCUGUUAUUUAUUCCAAUUAGCAGACACCUUAUUGUUUUAUUAUUUUUCUC